CUGUUUGAAAGAUUUGUGUUUUUAAACAAUCGAUAUCGCUUCUUUUGUGAUAAUGAACUCGUCCAUUAGACAUUAACUCUCGUAUCCAGGACUAAAAAAUGCUAAAUGUGUUUCAUUCUUUGUUAUUAAAACUGACACGACAAUGUAAAUUUGUCAUAUGAAAAAAAAUACAUUCUGUAGGCCAAAUUUGUUUAGUCAAGAAGGGAAACGAAAUAUUAAAGAAAAUCCGAUUUGUUGUCAUUUGAGAGUAACAUUAUCAAAAGAAAAUGGCGCCUGAAAAGGGAAAUUUCACUGAACUGGAGAAGAAAAUUCACGAUGCAGUGUCACAAGGUAAAGCAGAUGAAGUAAUGCUUCUUUUGAAGGAAAAUACAGUGAAGAAUGUGGACUUUUUGGAUGAUACUGGGAUGACCCCACUUCAGCAUGCUGCCUUUCGAGGGAAGAAUGAACUUUGUCAGUUACUCCUGGCCCAUGGAGCAAAUGUCAAUUCUAAUUACCAUGAUAAUGGCUAUACGGCUCUCAUGUUUGCUGCCCUAUCAGGUAAUGCAGAGACAACGCGCCUGAUGUUACAGGCAGGAGCUGAUGUAUACCAUACCAACUCAGUGGGUAGAACAGCUUCCCAGAUGGCAGGAUUUGUAGGUCAGCAUCAGUGUGUAUCAGUGAUUAAUUCUUUCUUCAGCCGUGAGAACCUCAAACACUACACUGUACCUCAGGGACUUGAAAAAGAGCCCAAGCUUACUGCAGACCUGGAAGUGGCUUUGCUGAAAUUGAUCAACCAGUCAAACUUAAAUCCUGUCAAGAUAUCAUUGAUAGUACAGGACUACACCUGUGUGUUGGAGAAAUCCUCUAAUGUGGUGAAAGUAUUGGAACACCUGUCGGAGAAGUACAUGAAAGCACGUGACACCAAUGAUGCUAUGGCAAUGAAAACUCACUUUAUGGCUGUUGUUAUCAAAAAUGCUGCCAAGUCUUACCAAGAACACAAGUCAUUAGACCAUUGGAUUAAAAGGUUGGUCAAGGGACGGGACUCUGAUGGUUUCCCCGAGACACAGGAACGAAUAAUCCGGCAGUCACUGAGGGAGUUCCCAUAUGGAGAUUCUCAACUACUACAACAGCUUGUCCGAACUCUCGCUACAGUAAAAAUUGGAGAUAGCCCGAGUGGUUUGUCAGUCCUGACCCAAGGUGUCAAUGGAUACCGUAUGACAUUUGAUGCUGAUGAUAUUUGUGGUACUUGUGGAGAAUCUUAUGCAGAAAAAAAGUGUUCUGCUUGUAAAAUGGUAAGGUACUGUGAUAGUCGCUGUCAGAAGUUACACUGGCCUACACAUAAGAAGAUGUGCAGUAAGAUGGCAGAGGAAUAUUUAUCCAUACAAAAGUUAAAGAAAGAGGAAGAAGAAAGGGAGAAAAAGGAAGAAGAAGAACAAGAAGAAAUUCAGAAGAAACUGUCAGAAUCCAAAAUUCAAAAUGGUGGUGAUACAGUAGACGUGAGUAAGCCUAUAACAAAUGGUGAGGACACAACAAACAGCACUUCAGAAUCAAAAGAUUCAUCAAACACCUUAAAAGAAGUCCCUGCUGAGCCUAAUUCUGUACCUUCAGUUGUGGAGAGUUCGUCCUAGCAUACAGCUUCUAUCACAUCCAAUUGAAUUUAAUUCUGAAUGGGGGCAUCAAAAGUUUGGGCUAUUCCAGAAAAAUAGGUAUCAAAUGGGAGCACUCAAAAAAUAACGAAAUUCAAUGCAUGGUAGAUGCUGGAGAAAAUGUGACUCAUUAUGUCAUAUCAUUUGAAUAAUCAAUAUCUAAUCAGAAAGGCAACUGAUACCUGACAGUCGAUGAGAUGUCAACAUUGAUGACUAUUUAAACCGAAAGUGUGAGUUCAAAUUUCAUUUUCAUUAAGAGAGAACAGGAGUUGUAUGUCAUUUUUCUAUUAACUAUCUUCUUCAAUCAUGCUGUCUAAAUACAAUUAACUGCAAAAAUAUAAAUGAAAACUGUUCAUCAGUAAAGAUUGUUACAUUGAAAUGGUAUGAUAAAAAAUAUAAUAAGAAACUAUGGAGAGUAAAGUCGGUAUAAAAUCAAAAUGACAGCAAACUCUGCAACGGAGGAAAUCCUGGUGUAAAGAAGUAAAUAAAAGAGUAAUAUAUUUCUAACGAUUAUGUAAUUGAAGGCUUAACGAUUAAUAAUAGAAAAUUGAUCAGUUAACACUAACUGAUUAUAUCUAAUCAUCAAUGUUGAAAUCUCAAGCGAUUUCCAACACUAAUUUGAUUUAAAUCAAUUCUAUCAGUGGUUCCUGUUUAGACAAAUCUGGAGUUUUCUUUUGACAUGGAUAUUAACUGAAAUGGCCCAAUAUAGAAUGUACUGAUUUGUAAUGCUGUCAAAAGCCCGAAAUAAGUUAAUUUUAUUAUUGAUUGCAAAAAAUUAUAUCUAGGUAUAUCCCUGAAAUAGCAAUGGAACAGAACAUACCAGUCUGUGUUCACGAUCUGGACUAACAUUGAACGUUUUAUUCCCCCCGCUGGUGUCAUAUUGAAGCUACCCUUGGUGUUUACGAUAUUGCAAUAUUAUCAUGUAUAUUUGAGGUUAAAACAUAGUUCCGUCCUAGUGUGAUUUUGCCAAGUUUAUACCUGUUUUUUAUGUUGCCCUGUUAUUUUCACAAUAGGCAGUUGAAGACAAUAUGGACCUCAUAUACUAACAUACCUGAUACCCAGGGAAUUUUCACAUCAGUCAUAAAAAUGAUCAGCAAAAAGACAUGGUUUGUUGUCUACAGUGGAGCCUCAUUAUUGAAGUCUGCACUGAUAAUGACCCCAUGUCUGAGAAGUAUUUUACUGCACAAGUUGGAUUUCUUUCCUAUGCAAUAAAUGUAAUCUGUUUUACAAUCCAGUGUGGGAAUGAAGACUCUCGAAUCUAAUCUCCAGAGUGUAUUAUCCAAGAUCUGAUUUUCCCAAACAAUGGUGUUGAAACUUUGCAGCCAAUAAAUGAUGCAUUGAUUAAAAGGUUCCAUUUAUAAUGGUAUUGGUAUGUUCCUCUUUGUUGAUUAUUACAUAAAGGUAAAAGGUAUGUUCCUCCUUGUUGAUUAUUACACAAAAGUAAAAGGAAUGUUUCCUCCUUGUUAAUUAUUACACAAAGUAAAAGGAAUGUUCCUCUUUGUUAAUUAUUACAUAGAAGUAAAAGGUAUGUUCCUCCUUGUUAAUUAUUACAUAGAAGUAAAAGGAAUGUUUGUUACGUAAUUGUGUUGGUUAGGACUAUGUGACUAUAGACCUGAUUAAUCAAUAAAAGUCUUGCUCAUAUUUCCAUCAACUGAUUAUUUAGUAAUAUUUUUCAUUGCUUAAAGGUUUUAGAAUUUGGUGUAUGCUUUUGUGAUAUUGUGAUAUAAAAUUAGGUAAUGUAUGCAUGCAGAAUAUUGUGGUUUAAUGUUUUAAGAUUGAAGUCAACUUAAAGUACUUCUAAUUAAUAUAACACUUUAUGUGAUAUGCUCCAUUCUGCUUAUAAACAAGAUUAAAACAGCUUACACCUUUAUAUAUUUUAAGAUGGCUGCCUUUUAGAAGUGUGUGAUGAAAUCAUUAUUGGAGUCUAUUUACCAUAUGUAGUCAUUUUUAAGACAGAAAAAAUAGGUGUCAGAAAAUUUGCAGAUUAAAUUCUAGAUUAGAAUUUUUUUUUAAAAUGACUGGGAAUAUAGCAUUGCCUUUGGACAUUGAUCCCCAGUUGUGUCAGUGUGUGUAACUGGUGUAUCCAGUAGUAUUUUAAUUUAGUAUUUUAAGGACGAGGGGGCUGUGCCAAGGAUGCGAAUGAUAUAUUUGACAUCCCAUAAUGAGUUUGAUUCCAGGUUGAAGUGUAACACUACUGGGCUGUCUCUAUAUACGGUAUUCUAAUAUCCCGUAGGUGUACAGCGAUGUGGAAGCCGAUAUAUAUAGAGAGUGACAAGCUCCACACACACUACCUCUGACGAGUUAAAAUCGUAACGAAACCGUUCUGGUUUUAUAUCAGGUACCCACUAACGUUCAUCCAGUCGUUGUUUUUAUAUUCUAUACUAGAAUUUCUCUGUACAUUGGGUAACAAAACAUCCACCUUAAAUCAUAUAGAGCAUACUAAACAAGCCUUUCUCAAUAAACUUUCUAUGUCAACAAAAUAUAAAUAGAUAUACAUGUAGAUGUUCCAUGGAUCUACAGGGUGUGUAUAUCAUUAAAAGAGAGUGAAAAAUGAUCUGAUCAUGACCGAAAUGUGUAAUGUACAUUGAAUGCAUUAUUAGAUAAUUUACUUCAAGAAGUUUUUGAUUUCUUUAGUAGUUGUAAAAUCAUGUUGUAAAAUUAGAGUUUUAGGAAGAAUAUAGUUAAAUAGUGACAUGUUUUAACUCAAGUUAUUUUCAGUGUACUCAAUGUUGAGAAUACAUUGUAGCAAAAUUUCAAUGUUUUAAAUGUAUAUAUCUUUUUUCUAGAGAAUUUCUUCAUAUCUGCAUGAAGAUUGUGGUAUUUUGAAUAGAUAAGCUACCAGAUUUGAUAUGAAAAUCUUAUCUAUAGUGGUUGCAUUAGCUUUCUAUUUGAAACUGCAAUUUUGUACUGUUCAUUGUCAAAAUGUUGAUUGAUGUGAAUAGCUUUUAACAUUCCUGUUGUCAGAUGAAAUAAUCACAAUUUAUGUGUAGGAUUGUAUCUACUAAGAGAUAUUUCACACAAAUUAGAACAUUUCUAGCUGUUCUGUACUUUUAAAGAGCUACUUCCUAUGACUUUUUAAACUGUUUUCAUCUUUGAGAUAUUUUUUCUGUGGUCAGUGUGGACAAGUGAAAUUGGCGUGAAUACAUCUGGCCAAUACAAAAUUAGGCUGCCUUAAUAUAGCACAUUGGGAAAUCUGGACCUGUAUAUGUAGGAUAACUGGAUAAUAGAUUUUAUGUAAAAUAUUGGAUAAAUACACAAGUGUGUAAUUCACUUAUGAUUUCUGCUGGCAAUGUUAUUGAAAUGGUUUAUCAGGCUUUUUUCUUGUCAGUUUUAAAAUGUACACAGUGUUUUACAAUUUUCGGCUCAUAAAACACAACCCUGUUAUAAUUACAAUCAGGGCCGCUGGAAUGUUUGUAAAUUGAUCUAGCUUAAUAGAUGUAUAUAGAAUCUCUGUAAAUUAAAUAUUGUAGGUUCGUAUAUACAUGUUUAUGGUAAAUUGGGUGUCUAAGAAUAUUGGAAGAAUGAAAUCCUAUCUUGUGCAGAAUAUCCCUUUAACAUCAUAUGUAGUGAGGCUUUCAGAACUUGACAAUGCAUUAAAACUUAGCAUCAUUUUGGAGUCAGCCUUUUAAUUACGAUCUAGCUUGACAUCAAUGUAGAGAUAGGCAUUCGGUUACUUCUGCUAUAACUCGAUGUCAAAUGUUAGAGUGUUACGUUAUAUUAAGACUUAAGUCUGUGUAUUAAGCUAUUACAAUGUAUUACAUUCUAACUAAUACGAAAGUAUGUAGUGUUAUGAAUAAAGACAACCGUGCUUCUUCCAGCAUGGUUAAUUAGUCACCAGGUAUUGACAAGUGCUUGUUAUCUACAGUAAUUACACAUACAUAUGCUCAGCACAUAAUAAUGUGCCUGAGUGCUAAUAAAGAUCUCUCUCUCUCUCUCACAUAUAUGGAAAUCAGUUUGAUAUGAGAGGUUCCAGUAUAUCCUAUGGGAGGACUCCAGAUAUAAAGGAAUUCUAUACAUGUUGAGUGCGAGAGAAGAUGUGUUAUUGGUACAGUUUGGAUAUCUGAUCACUUCUGUUUACGGUUUCUGUUAGACAAACCUGGAGCCUUCCUAUUGGGUAGAUGUUUUACUGGAAUAGCACUGAACAAAAAACAAAAUGUAUGUUUACAAAAUCAUGGACAUUCUAUUGAAGCUAUUGAAGUUGAACAAAAACUACAGCCUCAAUAUCAUCUAUAGAUAUAUGGGAGAUAUAGGCUGACAACAUUACAGUAUAGCCCUAGCUUAGUGUCAACAACUGUUUUGCUUUAUGGUAAGAUUUGUGAGUUAAAAGUAUAUUUGUCGUUAAAUGUUUCUUAAUUUAUCUAUUAAAAUGGUGCUCGUAAUGUACAACGUGA